AUGAGGUCGAAGCUCGAGUUUUUGAAAGUGAGUUACAAAUUCAUUGAACUAAUCAGACACCGAUUUCCAAGAAAAGUUGAUGCUGUCAGGAUUCCAUCUCGUCGUGGAUUUUAUCAGCGAAAAGAAGAAAAAGAAGUUAUGAAUACCUUGAAACGCCUUUGCAAAUAUGGCAAUUCCUCGCGCGUGAAGACCCUGAUUUUACAUGGGCCAACAGGACACGGUAAAAAGCACUGUGCGGCAAAUCUGAUGGAUCAACUUUACACUAAACCUGUACGCUCGCGAUUCUUCUGGAACAAACCAUGGAAUUUUCGAAACAGACCAACAAUCCUGUGGACAAUCAACGCAACAAAUGAAGCAACGAUGCUCGAAAGUUUCUGUAGUCUUGCCAAAGAAAUCGGUCUGACUGAACAGGCCAAGGCUGCAAAUCAGGAACUAUCACUUCUCACAUCAGAGGGAAGACAAUACCACAUGAAUCUUCAAAAUCCAUUCGAAGAAAAUGUCUACGUUUUGAAACACAUUUACGAAGAAGUUAUGAAGACCCUGAGAAGGCAAGGUUCCUGGGUGCUAUUGAUAGAAGGUGCUAAAGAAGAAAAGUCAAGUCGACAACAAUUUUGGCCGGCGCCAGGUGAUCCAAGCCUUGGAAAUGGUCUGGUGAUCAUGACUACUGAAGAUUGCAAGUUGUUGCAAGAGAAAGGUGUUGACUAUCCAUUGGCGAAGGUGUUCAUUGGUAGAAUGAAGGAAGAAGUGAGAGCUAAAUUUCUUGCGAAAAUAAGUGAUGUCCAUUACACUGUUGCUAAACACUUCGCAAAAGUAACACAUUGCAUACCCCAGAAUAUAGCAAAGUGAGUUCCUUUACCUAAAAAAAAAAGGCUAAAGCUAGAGUGAUCGAGUUUAGAACCUUGAAAGUUUCUUUAUAAUCCUCUCCACAAUCAAGCAUCAACCAAUGAAUCAACUAAUCAGAAAGAAUCAUGAAUUAUCAAUUCACGUUAGACGGGAACUCAUCAGAGACCAUCCCUUUAAAAAACAUUCUAGAGGUUAUAGAUCUGUAAUUUUAAUUGUUCCAAUACCAGGUUAGGAGAUGCUAUAAGGAAAUACCAAGAAGAGACGAAUGAACAACUAACUUUUGAAAAUUUACCAGUACCAACGGAAGAAGUUACACUCCCCAAGUAUUUGAUGAUGCUGGAACUAACAAAUAAAAAUCAAACGAAGGUAAGCUAAAAAUAUUUUUAGUUUAUCUUGCAGUAAGGAGAGCCUGACAACCAGGUUCCAGAAUUGCGAUGUUAGAGAGGUAUACUUAGAUUAAUGGUUGAACCGGUCUUUCUUCUAUAUUUCGGGUAGUCAGUGUUCAAAUAACUUACACGUUUGGUUCUCUCGUUCAUCCUUAGCUGUUAAAAUUCUUGGCCUGCUGUUCAAGUGAGAACUAUUUGCCCCUAGAAAUUCUAGAGAGAGGUAUUGAAGGUCCAUUGGAUCGAGAAAAUUUAAAAAGAUUUGUUGAUCUUUCUGAGAGAGAGGAAAUUGAUGUGGUAACCAUACAUCCACGAGACCACACCUUGCUCAGAGAUAUACUAAAUGGGCAAAGCCAAAGUGAUACUGGUUAGUUGUAAGCUAACACUUAAUUUCAGCUCUGUCACAUAAUGUAAGCAAAAGCUAACACAAUGUGCAAAGAUGACUUGAAAAAGUAAUUCCAUUUGUGAUGGCUGUAAAACCGAAAGUCUGCCAGUUAAAGAAAUAACGGAAGUUUCGCGAAUAAAAUACCGUUAUGUUUCAGCAAAGAUAACCUAGAAGGCAAUGAAAGCCGCUAAUCUCGCCUGCGUCUUAGAGACUUCAUUACCUUCCGCUUUUUUGAGUAAGGGUUCUCUUGGAGUAAAUAACUCUUAACUUCAUUAACACUUUGGAACGGAUAUGAGAAUAAAGGCAAUUACCUUUAGCCAAAAUAUUUUAUGUUUGGAGUGAUUAUAGUGGGGCACAACCCUCUCUUAGGAUUAUUCAUGACGGUUUUUAGAUUCUAAAUAUAAAUUAUUCCCUCUAUUUACCUCUUGUGGCGUAUUGUUCUAACGUUCCAAUUGUUCUACUCCUUUUUGACAACAACUUAUACUUUCAAAUUUUAUUCAAGACAUCUCACACUUAAUCCUCUCUUAGUGUUCAUAAAUCGUAUUUUCCCUCAGUAGGAAUAUUUAAUUCAUUUAUUUUUUCUCCUUCUUUAUUUUCGUAGAAGAGACAUGGACUUACGUAUUGAACUUUCCCUUCUUGCAAAACAAACCACGUAACAUAAACACUCCUACUCUGUCGUGUCUCGAUGUCUCUCACGUGAUCAAAUGCCUAGGCGAUGUAUGCAAAAAUGCUCUACAAAACAACAGAGAUAAAGACUUCAAAUUGUUGCGCUUCGUUUUACCACAUCUGAAAGAAGCUGUAAAGGUAUGGACUAAAACGGCUGUUCUUGUAAUAACUAACUAACAACUCAUCUGAUCUUGGGAAGAAAAAAAAAGCAUGAAAAAUUCGCCUUUUUCCAAAACCCAAGGCUUAAAAUAAAGUGAACUCUAAAUCUGUGAUUGUGUUACUGGCAAAAAAUCUCAGUAUUUCCAGUCGUGUAGUUUUGGACGCAGACGUAAAGUGGGUUAAGAAGAACUGGGUUUCUUUCAUGCACAAAAGUGAAGUGAUUGGGAAAAAUUCGCCCAGCAUCGCCAGCCCUUUAUAGCAAUUUUACAAAAAAAAUAUUCGUGACAAUAAUAUGGUAAAAAAAGUAAAAAAAAUGAAUGAGAGCAUUGAACACAUUGGAAGUGAGUUUAACCAUUCGGUUGAAUUGUCCGAUAAUGAACUUUUGAAGUAUGGAAGCAAGUCUGGAGACGAAAAUGUUUGAUACUAAAUGAUCAAGAAAUGUCAUCGUGGAUUAAAGGCAAGACUUCUCCCCUAAGAAAUACACUUUUUGUCACCCACUUAGUUCUGAUGGUUUUUUGGCGAAUUUUUUACGCCUUAAUGUCAGUUUUAGAUCGGGUUUUUAGUAAGCUUUGCCAAUCAAUCGUACUGCUUUAUAACUGAUAAUGACUUUUACGAUUCACAUUUUGAAUAACCAAUCUUCGUUUAUAACUCAUGAAUUGCGCGCAUGCGCAAGAGCGAGUUGUAGAUAUGAUGGGGAGGAUGGCACUCGCUCGCUCGCUCGAUUGGUCGAUUCCUGUAAACUUUUUUUCAAUUUUAGACUUUUGAGUGGAUUUGAUAGUUUUUGGCGAGUAAUAAACAAACGAAAUGGCGACCUUUGUUGUUAAGAAUAGUGUUGAGGUGAAAAAGAAGCCAAUGAUAAUCUUAAAAGAGUUUUUUUUUCGUUUUAGUUUCAACAAGCGGCGCUAGUGACUGGCAGGCGUGCGAGGAUUCACACUGAAAUAAGAGCACAACCUUCGUUUACCAUAACAUUGUAAUUUACAAUCAUUGAACUUGAAAACAAUCCGAAGAUUCAUUGAAAAUAUCACUUACUCCGAAGCGCUCAGAGUUUUACAAGUGUUCAAAAGCUUUUUCUGUUAUGGCAUGAGAUUGGCGACAAAAUUGAUUAUUACAUUUCGUAUCGUGUGUUUUUCCUGUGUGAAGCAAGUGCCGGCGACUGACGAAAUUACAGGUUAACACGAAAAUCAAAUAACACCUAAACAAAUAAUUUUCGCUACCGAUUUCCAGUGAAUUUUUAAAGAACAAUUUUCUUUUAAGUUUCAAGAUAAUUUGAAGAUUCUAAAUAGUGCGAAAGUUAUACACCGCAAAAUUGAUAAAUAGGCCUGAAAUGAAAUUCUAUCUUGUUCUUGAUUAUACGUUGCCUAGCACGUAACCAAAAUCUACCCAGGUGGAAAUCCAAAAUGACGGUGGCAGUCUUGGCUUAGUUAUGUCACUCAAGUGACAUUAAGACAGUAUUGCCUUGAUUUUCCAAUAUUUACAAUGAUAGACACUAAAUUUCACUUUCCACCCACGUUUACUUCCAACCUUUUCUUUUGAACCAGAAACACAAAUGAUAUAUAUAUGUUAUUGCCGGCUGGGAGGUCCGUAUGGUGAAAAACAUUUCAAGACCGAGGUUACAGUUUUUCACCACACGGACCGACCCUUAGCCGGUAAAUAACAUAUUUUUUUUUUAAAACUUGACGAAAUUCUUUCCGAAAGAACCCGAAUGAUUUAGGGCUGUAAAUACGGCAAGUCUUUCAUAAACUGAACAAUUUUUGAGCGAGUAAAUGGUAGUUUUAUAGAGGUGAUGCAAAUUAAAGAGAGAUGCCCCACCGAAACAUUUUCAUUUCCGUAAAGAUAAAGGUGAUUUAAAAGGCUUCCAAACAAACUUUGAAACAUUAUUUUUACAAGUAUCUGUCAUAAUCUGACACCUGUCAAUUAGGGAGCACAUAAGAAGAAAAACCCACAAGAACACUUGAAAAACAACGGAACUAGUUUGGCUAGGACUGUCAUGACAAUGUUUUCUUCGAAAACAGUCAAUGAUCUAACGGAAAGUAUUAUUCACUCUCAUCGACGAUUCAUUCAUGUACGAAGAUUUACCUCUGUUCAUUAAGUAAACGGCGAGGAAAGUAUAUGUGAGUAAAUUCAAUUUUUUUUAUUUUGAAGUUAUGAGAGUUUGUUCGUUCGUUUGCUGCAAUGGCGUGUGUAAAUCUGGUCUUUCCUCCACAAAAACUAAAUUCGAAUGGCACACUCCAACGAAACACAAGGGGAUUGAAUGCGGCCUUUUCUAGUUAAACUCCUUCAGUUUCUAUUGUGCAAUUUACGGUACAAAUGUCCAACUUGAACGGACUCGGAAAGACUCACCGAGAGCGUAAAUUUGUUGUAGAACUUAAAUUAAAACUUCGCUCGCUUUUUUACUACGAACAAAUUUUUUGAGAAAAUUCAGAUACUAAAUGAAUUAAAGUUCCAUCGUUCAGUUUAACUGUAACCGAAUACUUCACGUUUUAACUUUCUAUGAACUUUUUGUGAACGAUUAAAAUUAACUGCAGACGGUUUUUAGGCCGCUUGUUAACCAACGUAAUUGACACUAUUGCUUAUACAAAUUCAUUCUGAAACCAAUAUUUUUCUGUCGACCAAAGUGAUUUGAGACAGAGAAAACAGAGGAUUCAUAAGUUAUUUAUUGGCUUGAGGUAGUGACCGACGUGUUUGCUUAAAAAUACUGCCCAGCCGGAAAAACGAGAUAUAUUUAUGAUAAAUGGCAACGAAAGUUGGGAUGUACUCGGCGACUCACGAAAGCGUUACCGUGGCCCAUGGGCAGACAUAAGAAAAUACUGACCAGGUAAAGAACCAACCAGAUUGCAGGAUUCGUUACCGUGCCCUCUGAAAAAAAAAAAUGUUUAAAACACAUGACAUCAUUCACCCUCGUCAAAUGUAAUAGCAUGAUCAUUUCAAUUGUAAUGCCUUCUUAUCCCAACGUUACUUUGUUUCUUUGCUACAUUGGCGAACACUGAACUACUGGUGGUACUCUAAAUAUGACUAUCAACCACAAAAUUCCCUAAACCAGAUAACAUUAAACAUAAUCCAAAAAAUCAUGUAAGUCAUCUGUCAAUUCAUGAGUGUGCUCACAGAGCACUUUGAUUUGAACAUUUACCGGGAAAAUGAAGUGUAACAAAAACCACAAGUGACACAGUAAAUCGCCUUUCUUUAAGGAAUUUAGCGUGUUCCAUUGCGAGGAAAUGAAGGAUAGGAUUUUAUUGUACAAACGUCUUCGUAGUUGUCUCCCGUUCGUAACGAUGUCAUAGUUUUAAAAUUUCAAAGAAAAUUGUCAAUAUGGCCUCUUGAUGAAAACUGGACCGAGAGUGUCACGUGGAUUUUUGUAUGUUUCUUACCCCCCACGAAUUGAACUUUGAACUCUUGAUGAAAACUCAAAAAAAAGGAAAAUGAAAAGGAAUGCGUGUAAGCUGUCUUGUAUAUUGUUAUUCUGGAAUACAGUCUUUAUUCGAAGUUGUCCUGUUGUAUACGUUUUAUACACCUCUAAUGAGCUAACAGCUUUGCUAACUAAGUGCCACUCUCGCUAAGAGCGGUCCUCUCGACUUCCCGUCGGAAAAAAGUUUCCUUCUAUUUUUUGCCCAUGAAAAGGGUUUAGGACACAUGUUUCAAAAAUAGUUUAGUUCUCCAAUUCUCUUUUUUUGCGUCGCCACAAGCCAAAAAUCAUUUUUGGCCAGACCACCUCUGUGAACAGCGAUCGAAAGUGUCAAUUUCAAAGAUUUUGUCCAGCGCGCAGCGACUGCAACAAUGUAGCUCACGGAAUUCUAUCUAGCUACAAGUUACAAGGUGUAUUCAGUUAGUUCGCAGACAAAAUAUGGAAACUUCAGCUGAAAUAUUUAUCAUAGCAGCGUAAUCAGAGGAGACCCUGCUCUUCGACCUUAAUUUGCAUAUAAAAAAUUCACUACUUUGUACGAAAGAAUUCUCAAAAUGCAGGCGUUAAUCGGGCCGAAAAAGCAUAUCAGUACAUAGUUUAUACACCAAUGAGAUCACGGAUUGCCUCAAACCCGCGGGUAUAUCUCUAGCUUCCAUCCACCAGCUUCUUAGAAACAACGCAAAUCCAUGUGUUUGCUCAAUUGCGCUCGUGUCAAAUAUCAUUAGCAUGAUUCUUGGAAUUGACCAAGAUCUCCUUUUGACAGUUCAAACUUCGUUCGUUUAUCUUCUACGUUGAGAACUUUAGGUUUUCACAGCAACUGAAUGGAGAUUAGAUGCCGAGUUGUCCUAAAACGUUGAGUUAACGUGAUCGGUCGUAACGCUUGCGCGCUUGCAAGUAGACUUACAAGUAGACAAAGGUGAUUCAUUCACCUUUCUGAUCGUGAAAUUAAUACCAUUCGUACUGUUAUCGUAGCUACGUUCCUUGCCAUCAAGUGAAUCCAACAUGGCGUCUUUCUUCAAAAGCAGUUUGCAUCCAUAAUAGUUAUGUUCUUCAGUCUCACGGUAGUAGCGUUGUUCAAUAGAUUGCAUAGAGUAUAUGCAGUUUUGUUUCAGAUUUCAGAUUUUGCUUUUUACAACAAGUGAACGUUUUUCAACUAAGACAUUGGCAUACUUAGCAUACAAGGCAUUCAAGGCUUUCAUGGCUUUCAAGCGUUCGCGACUCAAUCCGUUCCAAAAUUACCGCUCAAUAACAUCUUUCAGUGUGGAUUAGCCGCGAUUAAUACGACUUGUAUAUGCGUCUGUAAGUAUUUUGCGCGUUUGCGCCAUAAUGCUCCAGGAGAUCGCAAUCCAAAUAUGUUGAAAUACAAAACAACUGACCAAAGAGUUUUUUUAGCAAAAUCUCGUGAUUCGUCAUGUGACCCGGCCCUGUCUGUGCAUGACAACGUCAAUCAUUAUCAAGAUAACACGCGUGAUCAGCAUGUGAACACCUCAUUGGAUCACAGUUAGUUGUCAUGCUGUUGAGGGCCCAAUGACCGCUAGGUACCAUUGCGCAAUUUUUCCAUUUUGUGGCGGAAAAAAAAAAAAAAAAACGACAAAAAAAACAAAGGUAUUUUAUGAUUUGGCUACCACAGGUAUCCCAGUAAUAAAUUCGAUCGGAGGGAUUGUAGGAAAUGCACAGCUUGGACAUCUUUGCUAAACUAAAAUUAAAUCCAAUCAGGCGUGGCCUUGCGUGGACAAGGCCAAAUGCAGAUGAGUGGGGGUGAAUGAUGCAUUUAAUUAAUAAAUUACAUUGGAAAAAAAAAGUUUUUUCCUUACAGCUCAAGGAAAAGUUGAAACUAGAAGGAGAAUUCGACCCCCUCGUCAUGGCUAAUGGACAUGCCUGUCUUGGGGAAGGUUCGCUCAUCUUUAGCAGGCCUGAAGAAGCAAGGAGGGACCUAAAGAUUGCUCUAGACCUCUUCAAGAACUAUGAAGGCCAAGAGAAUGUGCAACUUGACCUGGCUAACGUGUGGCACUUCCUGGGAGAAGCUCACAGCAACAGGUAUAAGUUGAAUCCACAUAUUCUGCACGCAACCAGCUUAAGCAUAGCUUUCAACAUCAAAAUUAAUAAAUUUAACAAACAUAUUUCCGUCAUCAUAGAUAUUCAUUUUACGAACAUACUUCGCAUAAUUACAUCAUGUCUUUGGAAAGUGCUCGUUGUUGUGCUUUCAUUUUAAAUUUUAAGAAUCCAGUUUGCUUCAUUUUGAUACGGAAAUAGAAUUUCUCCACCGUAAGCACUAUUCUACUCUAAAAAAGGAACUUGUUUUUGAGACGCAAUUCAAUCAUCAUAUAGACAGCGAAAGCUUAAAAUAACAUUAAUUCAUGCCUGACCGAAAUUCAAUAUUGUUCAGCCAAUUUUAUUGCUGGUUAUUUUGUUUGUUUUAUUCAAUGCUGAGCAUGCCAAUAUGAAGAAAAAACUCGACCCGAUACACAAAAGAAUAUUUUUAACGAUUACACUUCUCUACGUUAUUGAACCUCAGCCUCAACGGCCACAAGAGGUCGCUGUUAUAAUAUCUCCACAAAGAAUAACAACUCGGAUUACAUUUGUUCACGAAAACGAAAGCAUAAUAGUAGUCAUUUAAAUCUGGUGAGAUACUUGUGAAGGAUACCGAUGCUAUAUACCAACACGUAACAGAAGCUCUUUCCCUGUCUAGAAAAGGUUUUUUUUUUCCUUUUUUGGUCCAAGAUUUCCAAUUUUAAGUGUGGAAAAGAGCGUCGACAUUACCGGGAUAAAUCAGAGUGUCAGGUCAGUAAAUUUGCUGAGGAUCGCGAUGUACACAGGAAGAGAGGAAAGCCAGUCAGUUUAAGCUUAGGCAGUUAGGAUACGUUAUCACAAGUUUAGAAUUUUAGUUGCAUUUCGACUGAGGGUUCGAAUUAAAGGCACAGAUUCUCGCAAUAUCAUAAGUCUUAUGGGUCAAUUUAUGAAUUUAUAGUCACCUCGCGAGCCCGUGGGAAGGAGAAAUAUGUUUACAAGAAGCCUUGCGAGAGAAAGAACAGUACUACGAAGGAAAGGAUGACCCACAGAUUGCUUUGACUCUACGAAGUCUUGGAAAUGUAAUGAACGAACUGGGAAGACAUACCAAAGCUAUGUAAGUAUCGAAGGAAGUUAAUUUGGACAAUUUUAACAUUGAAAAAGUUUGGCUGCCUCCGAUCCAUCUACGACCAUUUUGGCAAAUCGCUCAUAUUUUGCCCAGAGAUAACCUUCAGUAAGUUAUUUUCAAAAUUCAUCUUCAAAAGAUCCCGCGAUUCUUUAAUUUUAAAAAAUGAAGAGAAAUUUGAAAAAGCAGUCGAAAAAGCAGGGGUGUUUCGCUCGACAGAAUGUCCAAAACAAGCUGCUAGACGAAGCACCACUUACGUUAAAAUUGCUUAAGUUAAAGUCGAACGUUGCACAAAGUUUUAUCGGACAUCCGGAUCUACAAUCUUUACACGUUCACAAUAAAAUGAUCAUAACGAGACGUUCCGAUCCACCGUAUCAAAAACUUCCAUGACAACAAAUGACAACAACGACAAAAUGUAAGCAAUCUUUAAAAUUAAAAAAAUAUUCCUGGUAUCUAAAGAUCUAAAUCUUUAAAUUUUCUCUUCAAAGCCGUAAGAAGCCAGUUUGAGGAUUCCCCUCUGACGCUGCAGCUGAGGACAUAUCACAUUUAAAAACUCAAACUGCUUGAACGGAAAUCAAACAAUUUCACUCUUGAUAGUAACUGUCUUGUUCAUCAACCCAAGUUAGCCACAAUGAAAAUAUAAAACUUCAUCAAUUCUAGAGAGAAAAUCUAUUCUUCUCCCUGUUUAAAUAUUGUGUGGAUAGAAUGCAUAGCUUGUGAUGACAAGCAGGGCACUAAGGAAAUCACUGGCUGGUCCGGGAGAUCUGUGAGGGGUUUGACAUUAUUGAUGAGAUUAAGUUUUAGAUUAAUAUUCGAGGGUAAUUCUUUCUCAUGUAUCAAAAAAUUCACUUUUGUUUCAGUAACUUCAUCCAAAGAGCCUUGAAGAUUUAUUUAGGUAAAGAAAACCUCAAAAAGGAAUAUGGUUUCACCCUGAGUGCAUUAGGAUCUUCGUACCGCUACCUUGGUCAGUAUGCUGAAGCAGAAGACUACUUAAAGAUGGCUCUCGAAAUCUUUGAAUCCGUCGAAUCACCAAGCGAACUAAGGGUAAUGUUCUACUUAGAGAUCACAGCGAUAAUUUUACCUUUACGUUCUAGUUUAAGCUUGUUUUCAGCCUCGUCACAAUUUCUCUUCCCUAACAUUAUUACUUAUUAGGCUCCGGGCCAUGAUAGUUAAUAUGAGAGUGCGGUAAGAGUGCGGUAUUGAACCUUGUUGAUCCAUAUGUCUACGAAUGACAUUCAUAAUAUCAUCCGGUAGCUCAUAUGUUCCGGAUCUUAUAACAUUCAUGAACCAGUGGAACAGAUGAAUUCUGCCUGGAAACUCUUGCAAAGACUCGAUGCUUCAUUUCAUUCUUGAAGCCCCACAGGUUAAUUACACGCUAAGACUCUUUGUUAAACAGGGACACAACACUAGAAUAACCUUUAAUACUAUAUUUUGACGCCAGAUUAUUACGUCUUCAAGGUUCACGUUUUGGGAGACUUACAGACGUAUGAUAAAUUGUUAUUCCAACAUAACUUUUUGAGAAUGGGGAUUAUUCCACCUCCACCUUAUCUAAGAUGUAAGAUAGUUGUCUGCACUCGUCCUCCAAAAUAAUACUGAUUUUGCCAAUACAUAAACUUUCCGGCAAUGUGAUAAAAAGAGCGUAACGAUGCUCCAAGUUCGAUUCUGGCUCUAGUGGCAUGCCUUAAAUAUUCCAGGAUAAAUGGCUAUUUGCCAUCGUCGUUCUUGUAUUUGGUAUGUAAUUCCUUCAUACUGUCAUUUAGGACCUCUUUGUUUCUAGCAAAGUAAGCUGUGUUUGCAUUUUGAAAGAGUAACAAAUGUGUAUGCAUAACUUUCGCUUGUUGAGGAAGUAGAUUAAAGAAACAGAUAGCAAAACUGAUCCAACUUCCUACUUGGGCGCAUUGCGUGGAAUAAGCGUUUAAGGUGCCUACAUGCAACGUCUGAAAGGGCAUUCCUCACAACAAUUGUUUGCUCAUAUUAAUGAAACAUUGAUACUUAAACCUACGAUGACUUCUCCUAGAUAACUAUGUCACUGACCCUAGAUACACCCCCCCCCCCAAAAAAAAAAGUCGUCAAGUUAGAUGUAAAAAAACCUAAGUGCUCUAAGAAGAACUUCUCCAUUUUUAACCAGUAAUCUUUGAUAUUCAGCAUUGUAGUUAAAGUCGGCCUGAAGUUCUGGAGAUUUUACCCCUAAAUCUGCAAAGGCAUCGGCAAGACCUCUUUGACUUUGAACCAUAUUCUGUAAAUGGUUAGUCAUCUGUUUUGCCAGUUUUAGAACAUUAACUUGCUUUACUCGGGUUUCUUUUACCAGAAGAAUUUGUCCUUCAAGUUCUUUGUCCACAGUCCUUGUGCCUUUACCAAAACGUUCAGAAAGAUACUGCCUGGCAAAUUUAUAAGUUGAAAUACUCCAUUUCUUUAAGUGAUUUAUUUUCUGAGACGCAUUUGCUCGAAUUAGAGCUUGGGAGGUGGGAUGACUACUUGAAGUCGUACCUUCAGAUGACUGCUAAGGCGUUGGUGAUGUGGCGGGCCCUGUUGAGAUUUGGUCAGUAAUAAACGUUGAAGAUGUAUGCAAAAAGUUUACAGCUUCAAGGCUCGACUUAAUCCAACCAUAAAAUAUUUGUUGCGCCAAUAUCUCUGAGGAGAUGCACAACCUCAGAUGACGUUUUGUCCCUCAAUUAAUUGCCAGUAUAAGAAUAAAGAAACCAACCAACUUAGAUUAGCACAAAAAGCCUUGUAUAAACCGUUUUGGCCUGAGUAUUUGCGCUUUAGACGUAUAAAAAGCCAUCCAGGAACUUAAGAUCUACCGGUGGUACUCAAAUACAAAUCUCACCAAUGACAAAUACGUAUCAGGAUCAUGCUGUGACUCUUUUCAAUAAGCUAUUGUUGAGAGAUCUUAGAAACACAGUGAACCAUGGCGUUUGUAGCAGAGGUUAAGCGCCUCCUAUUUAGCCAAACUAAAGCCGCUAAAACAUGCUAACCUCCUCAACCAAUAAACCGGUUUCUUCCAAUUGUUUUUUCAAAUGUAAUAUAUAGAAUAUAGAAUUUAACUAUCCUUUUUUAUUGUUAUUCAGUGAUUUGUUGCGCACGUACAAAGGAUUUCUAUUUCUUUUCUUCCCAACGAAAUGAGGAAAACUUCACGAACAAUGGAGUUUGAAGACUUUCAGAGACGAUAAUUACUACUAAGUGGGCGUAUUCCCUAUCUUUACUUCAUGGCCUAUAUGUCGUAAUUGAACGCUUGUGGAUUCGCCUCUAAAUAUGGGGUUGAAUGUACCAAAAAACCGAUGAAUACGAUGUUGACACAGUAACUGCCGAUUUAAUUUGCUUAAGUUUUCAAAUGUGCAUAUCAACGGAGUCCGAUUAAUUUUCAGUGAUAAACUUGUAUGAAAUAUUGAGCGUUGAAAGAUCCUUUGCGAGAUCGUACAAACAAGAAAUCUUGACUUACAGAAUGAUAUUAGUUUUUCUUAUUCCUCAAUGUAAAACGUGCCUCCAACACCUGUAGAAAACCGCUCUUUGAUAAAGAUGUCGAUUUAGAUCCCCUAAGAUAGGGUAAAUAAGUUAUCACAUUUCCCAUUAUUAGCCUCUUUAUAACCUUAUAUUUUCAUAUCUUUUCACUGGUUGGUCGCUGGUAACAUAUAAUCAAAAGAAAUGCUCGAAAAGGCACAUUUUGCAACAGCUUACCUCGGGAGGCUUUGUUAGUAUCCUUCAUUGAUAUUAUCUUAAAAAUACGGACUAGUUUCCCUCACCAAGCUACGAAAUUAAAAAUCAGAGGCGCGCAGUGAAUGUAACUAAGUGAGCAGCUAGAACAAGCAUGGGCACCGGUACCCGCAACUACCUGUGAAACAGUCCGCGAUAGAAUGGCAAGACUAUUCGAAUGGAGUUACCAACUACCACGAGUUGUGUAAAAGGUACAAAACUGAGUAGAUAUUACAAGUACAGUGGCUCAGCUUAAGAGAAUUUCAUGUAAGAGUUGCGGCUUACUCGUGAUGUAAAUUGUGGUGGGAAAGAAUGACGACGAUCGAAACGAAACUUUGGUAAAUAGCUUACGUACGUACACAAAUUUUACAAUAUGAAGAGGGACAGAUAAAUUGAAAAAGAGAACGAAGAGCUUGUUUAUCAACUUAGGAAACAAUUCACGAAUAUUCCAUACAAGACUCGUAAUACACAAACUGAACUCUAAAUCAUGUUUUCCACGAGAAUUGGGAAGUUUGUUUUUCAUGUUUUUCGAGCUUUUGAAGUAUGCUUUUAGUAAACAAGUAUUAUCUUGUCUAAUUUUUCUCACCGCAGUCGUUUAGGGGGGGCAAGAAACAUGUACCCCGAGAAAAUCUCUAAUGCGAGAGAACUUGCAAGAGAACUUGCAAUAUUUUUUGCAUGUAUCUAUCGAAGAAAUUUUGAAACGCGCAACCUUUGGGUGGUAUCAGAACAAAAUGGCACUAAGAGAUAAAAGUAUAACGGGAAGAGUAAAAAAAAUCAAAAGAAUAAUAUGUCAACGGCCAACUUAAACCACGUGGUUUAUUUUCAUCAGAUUCUUCUUAUUCACUGUUGUUUUAAACAUAAUCGAUGAGGAUAAAUCGAACUGGUUGCGAUUAUCUGGCCUAAACAAAUCAGGUGACUAAAUGGUCUCAACCUAAAAACCUUACCUUUCAGAUUGGCGUGACACUCAGCCGUUUGGCCUCUGUGCAAAGAAAUAUGGACAAACUAGAUGAAAGCAUUGCUUCCUUGGAAACUGCACUUGAAAAGUUUGGAGACAACAACAUUUACAGUGCUGUUAUUUUAUCAAAGCUGAGUGUGGUAUACCGUGACAAAGGGGAUUUUAAAAGAAGUUUCCAGUUUGCGUCGAAAGCUAAAAAAAUUGUAGAUGAACAUUGUGGCACAAAAAGUCAUCCCGGUAAGUCGUUGUUAAUUUUCAUGGUAUUCUCCACAAUGUUAUUGUUUUUGUUAUUAAUAAAACGAAGAGGUUGAACUAUUCAUUACAUUAGUUACUUUAAUCCUUGAGAAGUUUUGAACUCGAGAUCUUUUUUUGUUACAGCUAGAGCUACAGCAUCGUUAAAUCUUGGACAUGCGCUGAGUGAUGUGGGAGAUGUAGACGAUGCAGUGAAAAGUCUUACAGAGGCCUUAGAUAUCAACAAGGAGAUCCACGGUAGUAUCCAUCGCAUUGUGGCCGCCAGCUAUAAUUACUUAUCGUAUGGCUACCUACAGAUGGGAAUGGUUCAACAAGCCAAGAAAGAGCUACUAAACGCUUUAAAGGUUAUGGACCAUUACUCUCGCUCUCACCCAGGUAAUAAGCAACAUUGUUACUAUGAAUUGCACAAACGGCUCUUGAAUCGUAGAAAUGGUUUGAGUUUAGGGCAUCUUUCAUACUUAAGGAUGACGAAUGAGAGGACUUUUUUUUCUUUUAUAACGACCUGUCUUCCUCUAACGGAUUUCUUGUGUAAACAAUCAUUAAAAAAAAAUUGACAGGAGAGGGGUUUCCCUUCAACCAGGACUAGAUUCGACCCAGAUAAGAUGCUAAACCAAGGACAUGUGAGGAAGCCCCCAGAUCUCGCCUCUUUAGUCUCCGGUGCAAUUAUUUUGUUACAAUUAAAAUCAGGGUCUUCUUACCCGCAAAACACUGCGAUAGCGAGAGAUUCCCCAACGAUUGUAAUAAUUUCGAUCAAUGCAUAGUAGACUCCAAAAUCAAAGAUGACGUAUAAACACUUACAGCUGUUUUCUUUCCCUUAAGAGAGAGCUAAUUCUCUAAAGAGGCUAAGCAAGGUCUGCUUAAUCCUCGGGGAAACCGUCGAAAGCGCAGAUUUAGCAGACCGUGCUCUCCAAAUCUACAAACAAACGCAUGGAGAUACCAUGGAACAUAGAGAGGUAAGCCAAAGGACACUGCAUAGUUAGUGAGUUAGAUUUUUAUGAUACGUAGAAGUACAAUGGCCUGUGAAUUUUCCUUUUCGUUUGGAAGGAGCCCUUUUCAGGAAUACUGUAAUUAAGGAAUCAAAACUUUUGCGCAUGUCUAGGAAUAUUAAAUACGAAAACUUAUCUCACGAUAUACAUCAAUAGUAGGCCUUUCGAACAAUUUGUCGAUUUUUCUUGAAUUGUACCGCCGGUUAUGGGUAAAGGAACCUUUUUCAGCUAUUUUUUCGCUGUAUUACUUGCUCAGUUUUAACAAAUAAGUUUCACGUUGCCGUGCCUUUGUUCAGUAAUAGAUCACAGCUGACGUUCAUAACGAACAAAACAGUGGCAAACAAGGCGAAGCCGAUUGUGUCACUGAUGUUCUCGCCACAUUUUGACGUCUCUUAGUGAACUGUCCCUGUACAGAUCUACGGCAAUAUGGAAUCUAUUUGUUUUACAUGAUAGUAAGCAAACUGUUGAAAAUGGUGCGGUCAUCUAUGUGUCUGUCCUCCUGCAUGUCGAAUUCAGCUUAUCAUACUGUAUGAAAGCCGUUGUCUAUCGACAAUGAGAGUGAUUUAGCAAUGGACGGGAACGUCACUUGACAACGGCGCGCGCAGCAAAAAUACUGGUAAGAAACUGGGUUGAGGAGUUAUGGCGAAACCAUGAGUUAUGGCGAAACCAUGUAGAAACCAAGCGACCCAACGAUGGAGUUGUUUAAGAUGAGUUCCUGUUGAACCAUGAAAGAAUGAAAUGAACUCAAACUAGUUACCAACGAAACGGUUAGACUUAAGAAUAAGACUUCGUUCCUGUUUUCCUUUUUGUCGUUGUUUGAUUUUAUUAUAAAUAUUUUCUAACGAUCAACGUCGUCAAAGACUGAAUCAAAUCAAUAGAUUAAGACAUCUGUGCCGAAAUCAACUUGAUUGUUAGUUUUCUUUUUUGACUUCAAUUCGCAAAACAUUUUUUCAUCACGGUAAAAACGACAAUGACAACAAAUAACACUGAAUAAUGCAGUAGGUAAGCUUCGUGAUAUUUCAUUUUGAUAAACCUGAAGCAAGUUUAUUGAUGAAUUAAUUCACGAUAAAAUCUUGGAUCGCUUCCUAACGAUCGUGUUUCCUUUCGGGAAUUCAGCAUAAAUGUAGCGGUAAAUUUUCACAAAUACGCCGAAAAAGACAAAGAAAGGAACCUGUUUAUCCUGGAAAUGAGUUCUGAAAUCAUUCCAAACAGCAUCAUCUCGCUCAUAAGUGCACAAUUUACGCUGAUCCCAGGCGUUUUGAUCGCGAUGGGAAAACCGACGAAGUGACGGCCUGAACUUGUUGGGGAGAACGGCAACGCCAACAACGGAAGUCGGAAUAGAGUUGUGUCUAGACUAUCCGCGCCCUUUCCCAUUCUGAAAUGACGUUCCUGUCCGCCUGCUAAAUCACUCUAUUAAGACUGUCAGACGCAUCCAUCUAUCUAAGCCAGCAAAAAGUUUCUCUUCACUAUGGCAGAAGCAGUAUUGCGUAAAAAGAUGCCGAAGCCUUACAAAUUUCCUGAAAUUAAAAGAUCAGAGACAUUUGGCCGAAGUUGAUCGCGGCACUAAGAGAAAAUAGCCACAGCACCACGAAUUUCUAAUUAAGACUGUAAGUUGGGCUUUCAAGCCAGUGUAACAAGAGAUAUUAAUAAAUAUUGAUAAACAUUAGAAUCAAAACAUGAGCGAAAAUUGAACAUAUUUGAUGCCUUGACACACAAUGGGGGAACCAAGUUCUUCAAACUCGUGACAAUGAUUCGUUUCCCUUACAAAAAUGAAAACUCCUUAUGUUGGGAAAAAAAUAGAUUUUCAGAAAUACAGUUCCACUUAAAGAUAGAGCCUCAGAUUAAAUACCAAGGAAAUGAUAAUAUUUAGCCCUAGCGAGGAGAAACAAAAUAAAACGAACACCUGAUUCCACCUCGUACUAAAUAUCCUGAAAAAUGUAAUUCUUCCCAAGGUAACGAGUGCAUACAGAGGCAUAAGGGCCACACACCAGCAAAUUUAACUGGAAAGUUUAAUUAAACUCGUCAUUCCACGAAUUGUUUCGAUGAUCGCCUCUUCAUAACAUGAUCCCGAAAGUUUAAUAUUUUUUCAAAUUACCUUCACACCCUUACGUUAACAAGUAAGCGGAUUUUGGAAUUUCAGAUCUGUGCUGUGUUUUGAGACAAAUUUAGAUUAUUCACAAAAUUCGAUUAGGACUUAUGUCGUAACACAUGUGUCCAGUUUCUCUCCACUCCUUUGCAAACAGAUUUCAACUCAACCGUAAUGAAGGGAACACCCUGGUAUUUUGUACCCCUUUCCCCAACUAUCCGGGGCUUCUAAUUGCAAGGACGAAAUUUUGAUUCCACCUAUGAUUUCGAUAAGCAGGUAACUAAACGCCUUUUCUCCAAGUAGGGUAACAACAUAAAGAUAAAAAUUAUGGUGACUUCGUGUUAAAAUUGAUAGGCGAAACAACAAGUCUGGUGUAUUGUUUAUUUCAGGUGCGGAUGGGUACAGUUCGGGUGGCUCACGCUUGCUCCAAGCUUGGUUUGUGUGACAAUGCUGAAAAAUAUCUCAAAGAGGCAGAACUUGGUUUUCCCGAAGGCCAAGAAAUUAGGUCCUACUCCGAAUUUGCCGUACUUCUCAGGAAGAAAACCGAAAUUAUUUUAGACAGCUAUGAAUUCCGCUGGCCUUUGGACGAGGUGGGCGUCCAAGAAAUACUUUCGCAGGCAAACAAGGAUUUACUCCGAGCAGAAGAAAUUUUGAGCUAUCCAUUUCGAUAUGAACAACAAAUCGCAUUAACAAAGAAGGAAAAAGCGCGCUUAAGCAUGCUAAUGGGAAAUUACUGCAGCGCGUAUGACGACAUUCGUUCAGCUCUAAACAUUCUCCCGCGGUAUUGCGAUUAUUUAAAGGCAGAUUUUUUAUUGGUAAAGAGUGAUGCUGAAAGAGGCAGAAAUCUGGCUAAUAGAUCAAAGGAGUCUUUGGAAACAGCUGAAAAUAUUUAUCAAAAUACUUUUGGUGACGACCAUCCAGUGAUUGCAGUCACUUUGCAAAAGAAGUGUUCUCUACAUUUGGAUUUCGAGCACAAAAGUAACACUGGCAAGAACGAAGCACAUAAAUAUUUUGAAGCAAGUCACCAAGCUUGUGAAGUCCUUAAAAGCAACUUGGAGCAGCAGCUUGCCGGUGUCCAAACAGAUUUUCUCAAAAACUACAGUUUUGAGCGACACCCUAUUCUCAAACGACAGAAGUCGCUUCAUAAAAGGUUAACGCGUAAUCAAGGUUCUUGCUGA